CCUCCCUGUCCCCUCCUCCUCCCGCUCCUGCUCCCCGGGGCCCCCAGCCCGACCGGGCGCUGACAGCAGGGGCGGGGGUCCCCGCCGCCGCCACCGUGUCUCGAGCAGGCUCCGGCUGGUGCUGUGGAGUCCCUGGCACGGCCAUGGAUCGGCCCCUGGUGGCAUCGGCGGAGGAGGAACUGGACUGGCAAGUGGCGAGUCGCAGGAGGAAGGCCUGGGCCAAGUGCCGCGGCUCCUGGCAGGCGUCGGGGACGGAGGAUCUCUCCACAGAAGCGACGACGCAGGACGACGACGAGGACGACGACGAGGACCUCCCCGGCGCGAAACUGCCGGCGGCUGCGGGAAGAGGAAACGUGCCCAACGAGAAGAUCGCGAUAUGGCUCAAGGACUGCCGUACACCUUUGGGAGCAUCACUGGAUGAGCAGAGCAGUAGUACACUGAAAGGUGUGCUUGCGAGAAAUGGAGGAAGUUUUGAAGAUGAUUUGUCAUUGGGAGCUGAAGCCAACCACCUCCAUGAGAGUGAUGCUCAAAUUGAAAACUGCAAUAAUAUCUUGGCAAAAGAGAGAAGACUACAGUUUCAUCAAAAAGGGAGAAGUAUGAAUUCCACUGGAUCUGGGAAAAGUAGUGGGACAGUCUCAAGUGUUUCAGAAUUGUUGGAACUUUAUGAGGAAGAUCCUGAGGAGAUUCUUUAUAAUCUUGGAUUUGGACGAGAUGAACCAGAUAUUGCUUCUAAAAUUCCAUCAAGAUUUUUUAAUUCAUCAUCAUUUGCCAGAGGGAUAGAUAUUAAAGUAUUUUUGAGUGCUCAAAUGCAACGGAUGGAAGUAGAAAACCCAAAUUACGCUUUAACAAGCCGUUUUCGUCAAAUUGAAGUGCUUACUACUGUGGCCAAUGCAUUUUCUUCUUUAUAUUCUCAAGUCUCGGGUACUCCCCUGCAGAGAAUUGGAAGUUUAUCCUCAGUGACCUCUAACAAAGAGAUAGAUUCACCACCACCUUUAACUCGAAGUAACACUGCAAAUCGUUUAAUGAAAACACUAUCAAAACUAAAUUUGUGUGUUGAUAAAGCAGAGAAAGGAGAAGGCAGUAAUCCUUCCCCAGCAAUUGAAAAAGCAAAGAUGCUAAAUGUUUCAGUGAUUGAAGAAAGUGGCAAUAAAAAUGAUCAAAAGUCUCAAAAAAUUGUUAAGAAGAAAGAUUCAUCUUCUAUGUUGGCUACAGUUAAAGAAGAGGUAUCAGCUGGUUCAGCAACUGUAAGGGAGAAUGAUGACAUUGAUAGACUUUCUGAUGAAGCAAAUAGUAAUUUUAACCAAGAAACUGAAAGACUAGGUGAGCAACCUGGUAUUACAGAAUCUGAUUUAAAUAGUGAUUUCAACAUGUCCAGCCACACUGAGCUGGAAAAUAGCAGUGAGUUGAAAAAUGUCCAUAUGUCCACACCUGAAAAAGAGCUAUGUGCACCACUGACAAAUCCAUCGAUAAGAAAUAUAAUGACACAGCAGAAGGACUCCUUCGAAAUGGAAGAGGUUCAAAGUACUGAGGGAGAGGUUCCUCACGUUCCAGCCACUUACCAGCUAGGUCUUACCAAAUCAAAAAGAGACCACCUAUUACGUACUGCAAGUCAACAUUCUGAUAGCAGUGGUUUUGCUGAAGAUUCGACAGAUUGCCUCUCCCUUAAUCAUCUCCAGGUUCACGAGUCCUUGCAAGCCAUGGGGAGUAGUGCUGACAGUUGUGACAGUGAGAUCACGGUCACCUCAUUUGGUGAAGACCUUGUCACACCCACAGCACCAGACCAGCCUUAUUUUAAUGAAUCAGAGGAGGAGUCUUUCAUCCCUCUUCAGAAGGAAAGAGAAAAGGCAGCAAUGGUUACAGACAAAAGAAAAUCACAUAGCCAGAACUUCCCCAAAUGUGAGACUAUUGAGGAUAAAGGAAAUAAACCACCCACCUCUAGUCAAGGGCAUCAGGUUACUGAAGUUACUGAAAGUGAGGAGGAUGUAUCACCAGCACAGACAGUGGAGCUACUGAGGGAAGCAAGUGCUGAAAGUGAUGUGGAUAAAAGCAGUGAAUGUGAAUUUGCCCAGUAUACCACACACCAUAUUCUUAAAUCUUUGGCUUCUAUUGAAGCUAAAUGCAAUGAAAAGGCCUCUGAAGAUAAAACUGUGCCUCUGUCUUCUGUGGACAGAGUUAGUACAGCUUUGCAAAGAGCUCAAAUGAAGGUUUGCUGUCUGUCUAGUCAAAGAGUAGGGCGUAGCCUGAUAAAAUCAAAAGAUCUAUUAAAACAUAGGUACUUACUUGCAAAAGCUGGCUAUCCUCUAAGAAGGUCUCAGUCUUUACCAACCACUUUAUUGAGCCCAGUAAGGGUUGUGUCCUCUGUCAAUGUUCGCUUGUCUCCAGGAAAAGAGACCAGAUGUAGUCCACCUUCCUUCACCUAUAAGUACACACCUGAAGAAAAACAGGAAUUGGAAAAAGAGGUGAUCGAGCCUGAUAGCCAGUCCUUAGUAAAAUCCACUGUUUUUAUCCCGCCAUCAUCUGUGAAGAAAGAAGAAGCCUCUCAGAGUGAGGUGAACCGGUUGGAGGAAUACUACCAUCAGAGGACUCCUCCCUCUUUGCUGUAUGCUCCGGCACCUGUGUCUCAGUCCACCUGUUCCCUUCACUCUGUCCACUCUGAGUGGCAGGAGAGGCCCCUGUGUGAGCACAUGAGAACUCUGAGCACUCACAGUGUCCCCAACAUAUCAGGUGCCACCUGCAGUGCCUUCGCUUCCCCUUUCGGGUGUCCUUACUCACAUCGACAUGCUGCGAACCCUUAUCGAGUGUGCUCUUUGAACCCUCCUUCUGCCAUCGAAAUGCAGUUGCGAAGAGUGUUGCAUGAUAUUAGAAAUUCCCUAAAGAAUCUUUCACAGUACCCUAUGGUGAAAGGGCCGGAUCUUGCUGCUGCUCCGUAUAGUACUCAGAAACCAUCUGUUCUACCUCUUUAUGAAAAUACUUUUCAGGAGCUCCAGGUAAUGAGGCGGAGCCUGAAUUUGUUCAGAACUCAAAUGAUGGAUUUAGAAUUGGCAAUGCUGCGUCAGCAAACCAUGGUUUAUCAUCAUAUGACGGAGGAGGAAAGAUAUGAAGUUGAUCAGCUCCAGAGUUUGAGAAAUUCAGUCCGAAUGGAGCUUCAGGACCUGGAAAUGCAGCUGGAAGAGCACCUGCUGGGCCUGGAGGAGCUUUGCGCCGUGCGUGUGCCUUCUCCUUUCCACUCCUCAACACUUGUGGGAAUGUGUGGCAGUAGAAGCGCUGAUAACUUGUCAUGCCCUUCUCCAUUGAAUGUAAUGGAACCAGUCACUGAACUGAUGAGGGAACAGUCGUAUCUGAAGUCUGAAUUGGGCCUGGAACCUGGAGAAAUGGGAUUGGAAAUUCCUCCUGGAGAAAGCUCAGAAUCUGUUUUCUCCCAAGCAACGUCAGAGUCAUCUUCUGUAUGUUCUGGUCCCUCUCAUGCUAAUAGAAGAACUGGAGUAUCUUCUAGUGACUCAGUGGGCAAACCCAAAACCCAGUUAGUACAAAGCAAGAAAGUAUUCCGAGCAUCGGUGGCCCUAACACCAACUGCGCCUUCUAGAAUAGGGUCUGUGCAGACACCUCCAGAUGUGGAAAGUUCUGAGGAAGUUGGAGCAGCUGAAGAAGUCGCAGAGGCUAUAGAACCUAAAUCUGCAGUAGAAGAAGGGCAUGGAAAAAUCCCAUUAAUGCCAGUUACUGAGGAAAUGCAUAAAAAUGUAGAGCAAGAUGAGUUGCAGCAAGUCAUACGGGAGAUUAAAGAGUCUAUUGUUGGGGAAAUUAGACGGGAAAUUGUGAGUGGACUUUUGGCAGCAGUAUCUUCAAGUAAAGUAUCUAGUUCUAAGCAAGACAAAUAGUCAUUAAAUAGAAUUUACAGGUUGGCUUGGACCCUAUUACCUAUGUAAUAUUGGAGUUAAUCAUUGGUAUACAUGGUGAAGGUGUUACUUGUGCUUCAGAAGAUGCCUGCUGCUGACUUGGGCUACUGUAUACAGUGUACAAUGUUUAUUUCUCCUAUGCAUACCUUUAAAAAUACAUAGAAAUUUAGGCACUUUGCUGAACUUUAUUUCUUUUCUGAACUGUCAAAACUGUAGCAGUUUGAAAAGCCUAAUAUUUAUUUGUAUGACUAUAUUUUUCAGUUGAUCUGUAGAAUUAAUUUUAAAACUUGAAGACUUCCAGACUUAACCUACUUAUAAAUAACAUAUUUCUUCAGACUGGCUUCUUAAAACACUGACCUCUAUGAGGUAUUUACUGUGCAAUAACUGAUUCAUUUUUUGAGAGCUUGAAGCGACCAAUGAUUUCCCCUCCACUGCUGUUAAUUAGUGUCACUUCCAAGAAGAAAAACUGUUCUGUUGUAAAAAUUGCUAUUAAUUCUUGAGGAGGUUACUAACAGCAGUAUGAUAGAAUUAUAUGAUAUUACCUAAAUCUACUUAAUGUUUUUACACUGUAGGCCUUGUUGCUUUACCCAAGACAAAUAUUUUAUUAUGGCUUACUUACUAUUUUUCUUUUGGAAAUGUGCCUUAUGUUAAACACUAUGUACUUUUUGCAUUGUCCAGACAUCUUUAUUUUAAGGAGAUAUUUCUUCUAUCUUUUAGACAGAAUAGUAGAAUAUUUCCAAAAUAAUGGGGCCUAUGACUUGAAUGGAUAGAAAUGAAUAAGCUGGUUUUUGUUUUUCAAAAUGGAAGAAAGUUAGAUUUGUUCUCAUUCAUAAAUGGUUUUAAUUCAGUCUAAACCAGUGAAAACUGUUUUUAUGCAGAAAAGGAAAAUGGUUUUCUAUUUGGUUUUCUAUGUAUUAAAUAGAUGUGUAAAGUAAUAACCAGAUGUUAUUGGAAUUUUUCUUUCAGCAUUUAUAAUUUUCAACUCCUUAUAUUUCUUUGUGUGUGAAAUUUUAAUCAAGAGUGGUUGCAAUGUUAGCAGUAUUCUUUGAAAGAAUAUCUAAAAGGUUUAUGCAUGUUUGAAUGAUCACACAAAGGCUGAUUUCUAAAAAAAAUAUUAAAACAAUAAAGUAUUUAUUUUGCCUAA